AUGUCCUCACAAAUAGAAACAAUUUCUGCCUUUGUAGAAGGAGCUCCACCAGGAGAGCUUGCAGAUGUCAUUGCCGAUAUCAAGGCUUUAACCAUCGACACACCACAUCUGGUCUCAGAACUCGGUCCUGCGUUUGAGAGAUACAAUGAGGAACAGUUUACUACAGUCAAACUCCCUGGUAGCAGUCAAAAUAAAGCGAGUGCGGUGCAAAGUCAUGUCUUAGAAGGCAGUCAAGCAGAUUUUGUCAAGUCAAUCCUCAAAAGCUUGGGUCCGCAUGUAGCAGAACAUUUUCCAAAUGCAUCGUAUGGCGCUUUUCCUAUCGAAAAUGAUUCGAAGACUGCGAUACUUGUUGUUGCCAACAAAUACAGUCCAAACAACUUCUGGAACGGCCGCUGGCGAUCGUUGUAUAUCUAUGAUACUUUAUCCUCCUCUCUCACCGGCAGCAUCAAAGUCGAUGUUCACUACUACGAAGAUGGAAACGUUCGACUUCUAACUACUAAGCCCAUCUCAGCAACCUCAUUGUCCUCGGCCAGCAGUAUCGUUCGAGAAAUCGCCGCCGCGGAAAAGAAAUAUCAGGAAGAGAUUAAUAAAGGAUUCAAUAAUUUGAGUGAGGGUGCAUUCAAGGGAUUAAGAAGACAAUUGCCCAUUACAAGACAGAAGAUUGAAUGGGAUAAGAUUGCAGGGUAUAGAUUAGGACAAGAUAUUGGUGGUGGAACUUCGAGACGAUAG